AUGCGGUUUUUACCAUCGUACCUUGUUAUCCUGUUCAUCAUAUGCACAGCCUUCCUUUUAACUAGACGAAACUCUGGCAUUGACACAGUUGAAAUUGGUGAUGAUGUAGCUGGGAAUGUUCGAGGAAAGUCGUCUGGGAAGGGGGAUAAAGCACCUUGCGGGAAACCCGUGGAGACUAGAUCAAAUAUCAAGGAUCGACGAGACCAACUGAAACGCAAUUCUCAGGGACCAGAGACUGCUACACUUGAAGAUCCUUUGGUACUUGCCGAGGUUUCUUACUCAUCCCCUUUUGAUGAACCUCCCACAGAUGACCAUAUAGAUGUCCCAUCUCCAGAGAUACAACCUGAGGAACAAUCUUCUAGUGAGUUUCAUAAGAACGAACCAGAGUCCAGGGAACCUAAAGAGGAAGCCUCUAUAGAAGCUCUUCUGGACCUGCCAGAUCAUAUUCCGGAACAUCCUCAAGAGUUUGAAGAUGAGGAUGAGGAUCCAGAAUUUCAUGAUGGUUUCUGGGAUACUCCAGAUGACUACUCUGAAAGGCAAGAUGAUACCCAAGACGAACCAGAUGGACUUGUAAUUGAUGAAGUUGAGGAUGACGAAGUAGAAGAUAUAGGGGAGGAAGACGAAGAAGGUGAGGAAGAACUAGGAGAAUUUGAAGAGUAUGUACCAGAGACUGAAGUAGAAGAGUCUGAAACUAUUGUAGGAGAUUUUAGUGACUCUGAACCAGUACUUGAAAUCCCUUACACUGAAGUCUCAGUUUAUUACUCCAGUAAUGACCAACCUGAGAAUGGAUCAGAAAAGGAGUUUGGAGAUUCAGAGUCGACUGGGUAUGAAUCCAGUGACAAUAAUUUACCAGAAACUAAAGUAGAAGAGCCAGAAGAACCUACUAAGCCUGAAAAGCCAGCAAGCUCCUUGGCUUCCAAAGUAGAUGGAUCCUUAUUCGAUGUAGAGGAGGCUGAGGAAGACAAUGUUAAGGUUCUCAAACUCCUGACUAGGGACGGAGCUGUUGCCAAGAGGGUGAAGUAUGAUGGAGAGGAGAUAUGGUCCGGAGUGAGAAGAUUUUCAACAUUUCUCUGUUCUUAUGCUGUCUUGUAUAUGGAUGGAGACAGGCCCACUCUUGCCGUUAUAAAAACAAAUGGUUUAUGUAAUACUGAACCCACAGUCUACAAGUACUAUAAUGGUACUAAAUGGCAGAGUCAUGAUGCGUAUUGGCAUAAAAAUGAACUUGAGGCUUUAAAGGAGAAGUAUAGACCUACUUCUUCCAUUGCUUUAGAUCUUGUUAAUCCUGAUGAGACAAAUAUAGAUAUAGAUGAAUACACUGAAUCCGGAGUGACUGUUAAGGAGUUUUCUCCAAAGGAUGACUUCCACAUAUCCUCUGUUAUGGAUUCUUGCAAGGAGCUAUGGAAUGCUGGAGCUGGUCAAAAGUGUUUCCUUGUGGAACAUUACGAAAAGAAUAAUGUGACAAUUCUUUACCUGGAGACUGAUGAUGGUAAUGAUACCAAGUCCAAGUGCUUUGAGAAGACUGGUAAUGAAUGGAAGAAUAUUGGCAGGGAAGUGUUUGUUGAGAAGCUUAUGACAAUGAUUAAAGAAUCUGUAGGAUCGACCAGUGACACUCCUCAGGAUACUCAUCUAGAUACUUCCUUCCACAAGAAGGGUGUUACCGUUACAAAAGUUGUGGAUGGUGAUGGAGAUAUCUACACUCUUUCCUCUGGUGAGGCAUUUGAUCAUGCUAAAGUAUACCUUAACAAGGAUGGUAAGCCUGAGCUAGUACUUGUAGUAACUAAGAGAGCUGAUACUUCCAAGGAAACUUACCUGGAGCUUAAGGAUGGUAAAUGGGUAUCCUGUGAUGAUCAUGAUGCUAAGAUUAAGAGUUUAAAGGAUACUACAGAAUGGAAAUCAGACUUUGAAAUUGAUCUUUCCUUGGCCAAUAGUACUAAUGAAUGUAGCAUCUUUGAAACGGAGUUACUAGGAGUUACCACUAGACACUUUUAUCCUAAACCUGGCCAUGCCCCUAUCAAGGUUCAGGAUGGUAAUAAGGAACUAUGGAAAUCCACAACGUGUGCCACUAAAUUUGGGUCUAAUUCCUCAGAUAGUUGUCUUUCUUGUCUUAUCUAUGAGAAAGGGGACAUAAAAAUACUAGAAAUGAUUACAGUGGAAAGAUUAACAAGGAGAUGGAAGUAUUUUGAGAGGACUGGUACUGAAUGGAAGAGUAUAACUAAGAAGGAAGAUUUUGAUAAGAAGCUUAGCGAAAUUAGUAAAUAUAGAUUAUCAUCUUCUAAUCCUACUACUUCCACAUUAGCACCUACAAAACCAUCUGGAAACUAG